AUGCUCGGGCAGCUGCGGCCAUCGGCGAGCGGCGCGGCCGCAACCGCAAAGGAACACCGGGUCGACAUGCGCGUGUGCUCCUGCGGCGACACGGAGCUACUUAGAAGGACCUUCGGCGCCGCGCGGCUCGACACCGCCGUGCUGCCCGCCGCGGCGCGGCCACAGGUCCCCCAGAAGCUCGAGCAGGCGCAGUGCGGCCUCGGGGAGGGCGCCUGCGCCGCGCAGGGUGCUCUGUCGGUGAAAUCGCAAAGCGGCUGA